ACUUUUGAACUUCGGGUUACGCUCUUUUUAUUCGCGAUCCAUCCUAAUGAACAUACAUAAAUACAUACAUACAUAUAUUGAGAAAAACCCCUCUUAUUCUCAGGAAAAAAAUAUUUGCAAUAACGAAUGCUACCGAAACGGCAACAGUCGCUUAUUACAACGACACCCAUUUUCCGAAUGAACAAGCUUACUGAUAAGUCGUUCAGUUCAUAAUCAUGUUCUUAUAUAAAAUAGAUUUGAUACGGACAUAAGCGUUUAGUCUGUUUUCAUUAACACCUUAUUGACGAAGCACAGUUGCUCUCUUUCCAUAGUAUACUAAUAUAAAAAUGCAUUUCGUGGGCUUUAAAUAUUCUUUCUUGCUGGUGUUGUGCGUUUUGAGCUUGAUCACUUUUACCAAUGCUGAAGAAAAAUCUUGCGGUCGACAUGGAGAUCCUUGCAAAAAUAGUUCGGAAUGUUGUCCAAAUCACAGUUGCCACCGUUACGCAGAACGUUGUCAAGCUAAAAUAAAUCCGGAUGAAUUGCACUUGAAAGGACACAAAAAUUAAAGAAUCAAACCCAACUGUAUGCAAGUUUUCAAUUGAAAUCGUGUUGGCUUCAUUCAUAGCAGAAAAUGUAUACAUACACUUACAUAUGUAAGAUAUGUACGUGUAUACAUACAUAUGCAUAUAUUUAUGUAGAUAAUAUACAUAUGCGAGUGACUAAGUCCAAUUUAAAUUUUUUUAUAAUUAUUUCGUAUUAUUUGAUGCGCUGCUGAAACCGGUUUUAAAGUGUAUAUACACACAUAAGUUCAUACGUACAUAUGUUAAUGUUCAUACAAAUAUACAUAUUUAGAUUUGCCAAAUACAUAUAUGUAUAAGUAUAUAUUUAUACGCGCAUAUGAUUAAUAAAACAGAACAGAAUUAUAUAGGACUCUUAAGUCGGUUUUUGUUAAGCCAAAUGUGUAUGUACACAUAUAAGAAAUUAAUUUUUUCCAGUUCUUUUACUUUUUAUAUAUUUUUUAUACGCUUAUCACUUUUGAACUGUUUAUACACUCAAGAAUGUAUGUACAUAUGUAUGGAUGUAUAUGCCGUCAUAUGUAUACAAUCAUGCACUUUUAAAUUAUCAAAAAUGAAUUCUCCUUUGCUGGCCACAAGAGUUUAAGUUGAUAAUCAGAACGGUACAAUCACUUAAAGUUCUUUCAUCUGAAGUAAAUGCUUAGAAAUUGAUAGAAAAAUGUUGAAAACAAUUAUAUUAUUCGCAAUAAUUACCAGCAUUAUAGCAAAAGAAAAGACUACGCUUGAUCUAGGUUUGACCAGAUUUAUAAUCGUGGAUAAAGUGAAGUUAAAAUGGUCCGAUGCUGUUCAGUAUUGCAGCAAUAUGAAUAUGACGCUCUUCACUCCGAAUACGGCGGAACGUAUGGAGAAGUUAACACAGUUCUUUAUAGAAAUUGGCUACAUCGAUAAACCAAAUAUUGGCAAUGAUUACAUAUAUUGGACCUCUGGGAAGUUUGACAAAAAGCAUGAUAAAUUCAUUUGGCACAGCACCGGAGCAGAAUUCAAUUAUACAAAUUGGCUGCCCAACAUGCCAGAUAAUUGGCGUGGCGAUGAGUUAUGCGUUGAAAUGGGAUUCAGGGAGGUGGGCAAAUGGAAUGAUACUCGAUGCCGAUAUUUAAGACAUUUUAUUUGUGAGCAUUCCAUUGAAAUGGAGCUCCACUGAGAGGGCUUUUCCAUCGUACGCUUCGGCUUGAAAAGUUCGGUUCGGCAUUGAUUAAAAAGAUUUUCUUUGUUAAAUAUACAUACACUCGAUUAGAACAAUUUAACCCUCAAUCUGCCACGCUCAAGUGGCUACUUAAAGGGUUAAAAUAUUAUAAACAUUGUUCUUAUAUUCUCAUAUUCUUGUUUAUCAAUAAAUGUAUGAUAUUUGAUAUAAAAUA